CAAACUGCGAGCCGUAACAUGUGUCUCCUGAGCCACCGUACAUCCUAUCGGCACAUUAUGCUCGACGUUCAAAUUUUCACGUUAUCUUUCACUACACGUUUUUAUUUAGACUUGAUUUAGAAAGUCAAGCUUCAAAAUGUCUAUUCAAGCCACAAAUCCCAAUAAUCCCAUUGUGUUCUUCGACAUUACCAUCGGGGGGCAGGAUGUCGGUCGGAUGAAGAUUGAACUGUUUGCCGAUGUGGUUCCGAAGACCGCUGAGAAUUUCAGGCAGUUCUGCACUGGAGAGUUCAGGAAGGAUGGAGUCCCCAUUGGUUUCAAAGGUUGCACAUUCCACAGGGUGAUCAAAGACUUCAUGAUACAAGGAGGGGACUUUGUAAAUGGUGAUGGAACAGGUAUCUGCAGCAUCUACAGAGGUCCAUUUGCAGAUGAGAACUUCAAACAGAAGCAUUCAAUGCCUGGUCUUCUUUCCAUGGCAAACAGUGGUCCAGGCACAAAUGGUUGUCAGUUUUUCAUUACGUGCGCUAAAUGUGACUGGCUGGAUGGGAAGCAUGUUGUCUUUGGAAAAGUGGUAGAUGGCUUGCUGACCAUGAGAAAAAUUGAGAACGUUCCUACAGGACCCAACAAUAAGCCCAAGCUCCCCAUCCUUAUUUCUCAAUGUGGCGAGAUGUGAUCCAGCAUUUCCCCUACAAUCCCUGAACUACACAACUUUUAUACAUGAAGUACUGUCAUUUGAUAGUCCUCAGCAAACAUUUACCCUUUUUUAUUAUAUUGAUGCUUCUUUGCUCUCAAAGACAUUCUUAAAUAAAGAGACAAUACAAUUCAGCA